UGAGAGUUUGUUUUUAUUUAUAUCUUCUGACCAAUCAGUAAUUUUUAUAUACAAAAGCUAGAAAAAUGUAAUUUAGUCAACAUUCCUGUAUUUCUCACUGUGGCGACCACUAAUAUCAAGAAUUAAACACUUCUAAUUUGACACGCAACAUUUCAAUACUCAAACUUUUAUAUGGUUAUUACUGAAAAUCCGUCUUCGUGCUGCUACAUUCGUAUUGCCUGCCAGUAAAACCGGCGAGAUGUAUUCAAAAUCAGUAUUCUAUGAACAGACAAAUAAUCAACUGGAUUGCACGAUCACAGUUGUCAAAGAAGAAUGUAUUGAUUCACAGUCGGAUGUUGGAAAUAUAGAAGAUAAUAGACGUAUUUCUAACACAAAAAACAUACUUUCUAUCUAUGACACGUCUCUAUACGAAAGAGAUGGAAAUAUCGUAGACAAUGAAUUGAUAAAGCAAGAAAAUAUAAAGAAUGAAGAAUUUGAAAUUUUAAAAAUGGAAUAUGACAAUUAUGUUUUUUCAGACACAGGAAUUAGUGUAAAACAUGAAACUGAGAAUGAUGUAGACAUCGGACCUACAAUUGUGCAAAUGAAAGCUGUACAAUCAUCUGAUACUUUUUUUUUAAAUAAGGUUGAUAUCAACAAAAUGAGUAGGCAAAAGAACACAUCCGAUUUGUUAGAUAUGACUGAUGUACCCAAUAUAUUUAAAUUCUCAAACAGAAGACAUCUGUCAACAGAUACAGGUGAAAAACCACAGUGUUCUAAACAGACAAUAUGUUAUAAAUGCAACCAGCCAGCGCCACAUACUAAUGAUUCCUCAUUUAUUUAUACUGGGGUUACACAUUAUAUUUGUGAUAUCUGCCGAAAAUGUUUUAAAACUAAAUUCUCAUUGCAGCAGCAUUUAAUAAUACUACAUUCAGGAAAGAAACCAUACAGCUGUGAUGUCUGUGAAAUGAGUUUCCCUAGAAGUUCACAAUUGGAGAAUCACAUGUUUCUCCAUACUGGGAAAUAUCCAUACACUUGCAAUGUCUGUAAUAAAUGUUUUAAAACUAAAAACUGGUGGUUGCAGCAUGUGAAAAAUCACACUGGUGAAAAGCCAUAUGGAUGUGAUGCAUGCAAACGAUAUUUUAGAACAAAACAGGACUUAAAACAACACAUACAAACUCACAAUGUGGACAAGCUAUACACAUGUAAAGUGUGCACGAAGAAUUUUAAAACAGAAAACAGCUUGAAACAACACACAAAUGUGCAUAAUGGGGUAAAGCAUAGCUGUGAUAUGUGUAAAAAAUCAUUCAGAACAAAACACAACUUGAGGGGCCACUUGUUAAUACACAGCAAUGAAAAACUAUACAACUGUAAUGUUUGCAACAAAGGUUUUAAUAGAAAAACACAUUUAAAACGACACAUGUAUACACAUACGGAUGAGAAGCCACACAACUGUGUUGUAUGUAUGAAAGCACAUGCAACAAAACAUGAUUUGAAGCUACACAUGUAUAAACACACAGGUGAGAGGCCAUACAACUGUGUUGUAUGCCGAAAAGGCUUUGUUACAAGUACAUGUUUAAAAUUACACAUGCGAAUUCACAACGGUGAAAAACACACAUGCAAUGUAUGCAAUGAAUGUUUUAAAUCAGUCAAGAAACUGAAGCAACAUACAAAUGUACAUCACCCAGAUGAGAGGCCAUACAACUGUGUUGUAUGCCAAAAAGGCUUUGUUACAAGUACAUGUUUAAAAUUACACAUGCGAAUUCACAACGGUGAAAAACACAAAUGCAAUGAAUAUUUUAAAUCGAUCAAGAAGCUGAACCAACAUACAAAUAUACAUGUAAUGGAACAGACUGAUAAUAAGGGUAAUAAAUGUAUGGCAAUAAAUGAUUCAAACAAGGUAAUAUGUAGUCCAGAGAAGCUGUAUAGUUGUGAUGCGUGUAAAAAAUAUUUUAUUAAAGAUACACACUUGAAAAGACAUAAAUGUGUAAAUACUAAUGUAUGGGAUGUUGAUUGAUGUCAGAACUGAAUAUGAAUAUAUUACUAUUUUAUUUUAAUCAUAAUUGUUACAUAGUAUAUAACAAAGUCGCUGUUGUUGUCUGUCUGUCCCUAUAUAUGCUUAAAUGUUUAAAACUUUCCAACGGAUAUUGAAGCAAUUUUUUAAGUAGAUAGUGGUUCAAGAGGAAGUUUUAUACAAUAAUACACAUGCGAAGCCGGGGCGAGUAGCUAGUUACUAAUAUUGUUUAAUUAAUGCAGUUAUUAAAAAAUAGGGAUUGAUAACGGAAGGAUGAAAACUUACGGUUGUAUAUAUUUUAAGUGUAUAAUUAUAAAAAAAUUAAAUUAAAUCAAGACCUGACCUUUAACAU